AUGUCCCCCAUCUCAUUCCCGAUCAAAUUGACAUGUGUAAACCGCAAUCUCGGGUUUCCCCACAAACCGGACUACCGAAGCGGCGGCUCCUUACUAUUUCUGUCGCGACAAACGAGAUGGUACACUCAGCAAGAAAUACCGAAAUCGCAGACAGGCGCCGGCACGACCACGCCUGUUCCCUUCGACGCCGCACCGCCCAAGUCGAAAGCGCCCUUUUACUUUGAAGCCGGAUAUGCGCUCUUCGCGAAACGGGCUUCGCGACCAUUUCCUCCACCGUUUCUCUCCAUGCCUUCGACGAGCUUCUCGGAACCGCUGAGUACGCACAACCGGAGUAGAGAUCGCAGACCGACAGUCAACGGACAGAUGAUACGAGGAGUUACGAAUGGAGACGAUGCAGUACUAGUCAGUGAGAGCUUCAUUGCUGCAAAUGACGGAGUAGGAGCCUGGGCUACACGAGAAAAAGGCCAUGCAGCACUGUGGUCGCGUUUGAUCGCUCACUUCUGGGCCCUCGAAGUCGAAACAGCAUCGUACUCCCCAACUUCACCUCCAAACUUGAUCGAAUACCUCCAAAACGCCUACAACCUCACCAAAGAAGCCACCUCUGAACCAAACCCUUGGCACGGCACCACCACCGUCUGCGGCGCGCUCCUCGGCGCUGACAAUGAGACACCCGACCACCCCUUGCUAUACGUAACACAAUUGGGCGACUCCCAGAUCCUCGUCAUCAGACCGAGCACCAAGGAAGUCGUGUACAGGACGCAGGAACAGUGGCAUUGGUUCGAUUGUCCGCGGCAACUGGGGACUAACAGUCCCGAUACGCCAAACGACAAUGCGGUCAUGGAUCGUGUGCCGAUUCAGGAAGACGAUGUUGUAGUUGCUAUGACAGACGGUGUCGUGGAUAAUCUCUGGGAACAUGAGAUUGUUGAGAAUAUAUGCGAGAGCAUAGAAAGAUGGAUUGGCGACAAGGAAAAGGAUACGGACGAGCAGACGCAUGCUGAUGGCAUGCGGUUUGUUGCACAACAGCUAAUGAAUGCUGCGAGGGUAAUUGCGCAGGAUCCGUUCGCGGAGAGUCCGUAUAUGGAGAAGGCGAUUGACGAGGGCUUGUCCAUAGAAGGAGUGUCGUUGUUGCGCAAUGUAAACGACGCAAAGGAUGAGAUCAACUACAGUUGUACGACUGAAAACCUCAAAACGAAAGCACCACGUUGA